AUGGCUGAUGUUUCGGGUUCUUCCCAAGAACAACCCGUUCUUGAAUCCGCCCAACUCCAAAUGAAGAAGAAGCGAUUGCUGGAGGAGCUAGAAUCUGCGCUCGCGCCCAAAGAUGCCGCUGUCAAAACGGUAACGGCGCUUCCUUCUUCCCUAGCCUUAGGGAUCGAGGUCAUCGACGAAACGGCGUUGCUCGACUCCGUCGUCAAGAGCGGAGGACCAAAACAACCCACUUCAAGAAGAAGAGGAGGAUGCAAGAACAACAACAACAACAGUAACGGUAACAGUCUGAAGAAGAUCGAAGAGAGGCCCAAACCGAAGCCGAAGCCCAAGAGUGGGAAUAAUAAUAAGUAUUCGCGAAAGGAGUUGGAGGCUCUGAGAUUCGUGAACCUAACACAACAGCGUAAAUUCUGGAAAGCGAUACACUCUGCGUUUCAAAGCACGGUCGCCAGCGAGUACGAUACUUUGGCUUCCACUCCUCUUCCGCACAACAAACCAAUCCUCAGUGCAGUGUGUUGUGAAAUUAGGGAUAGUGAAUUACAGCACAUGAAAAGUAGAGAAAAUGUUACUCCUGUUGACGCUUGUAGUCCUAGUCUUAUGGGUGAGGAUGGGGCCUCAGUUGUAGAGGAGUGUGAUGAAGAUGAUGGCAGUGAUGAUGAUUAUGGUAGCAUCCAAAGGCCUGCCUUUUUGGUUGAUGGAGAUCCUAAUUUUGAUUCUGGUCCACCAGAAGAUGGAUGGGAAUAUCUUAGGCGAGUCAGGUGGGAGGCAGAUCAAAUUCCAAAAGUUAAGGUAGCAAAACUCGAUAGAGGCAAACUUAACAAGGAACAAAGUGCUUACAUGCCCAAGAUUCCUGAUAUUGCCAAGUGUCCAGAGCAUCUGUUGCCAUUGAAACAGUGGGAGGAUGUAUUUCUUGCUGAAUUUUCGACACUGAGAACGAAUAUAUCAUGCCUUGAUGGUUCAAGUGCCAUAUACUCUGAAAACCUUCGUGUUCAUCACUCACAGCUAGUUGGGAAUGAAGAAUUUUCUGGUGUUGUGAAUAAGGAUUUGAAAAUUUGUAAGACAAAUGAUGUACCUACUAACUUGACUGCUGAGGAUAAGGACAUAACACCGUCUCCAGAGAAUCCUGAAUCGAAAACUUCAGUUGAUCACACAAGCAGCAGCUCCCCCAGUCCUCCUUUGCUUUCUGUAAUCUUAGCAAUGGACUCUGUGACCCGGGUAAAAACUUUGCUGAAACGGAUUUGGUUGCUAGAGGGUGCAAACACUAUCACAAGAGAUGAUUGCAUGUGGCUUUUUGCUCUCUGUGCAACAGUGGAUACUCCACUAUACGCUGACACUUGUGCUGCUCUUAGAAGUCUGCUGCGAAAGUGUGCUAGCAUCCGUGCCGGAAAGGUUGACCUGGAUGAGGAGGUUGUAAUGCUGAAUAUAUUGGCUACAAUUUCGGGGAGAUAUUUUGGACAGUCUGAAAACUGA